AUGCCUACUCAAGAGGCUCGCGAAACUAUCCAGGAUGAGCUUCACAUCGAAGUCCUCCCUGGAACGGAGAUCAUGACAGAUAUUGGCAAAGAACAUUACGUUCGAGCCAAAGAGUCCGAUCAAGUCCUCGUUCCCCAACCAUCUCAAGAUCCUCACGACCCCCUCAACUGGUCGCCCUUUUGGAAGUUCUCUGCCAUCUUUUGCGUUUCGACCAUGACGUUUACGCAGGGCUUUGCGCCGCUUGCUCUUGCGCCGAUGUUUCCUGACUUGAUUCGUGCUUAUGAUAGUACACUGGAGGAUGUCAUCCAGUUUACGGGCGUUACUAUCCUAAUUCUGGGAUUCAGCAACUUCUUCUGCCUCAACGGGAUAGGAGCCGGCCCCUCAGAGAUUCUCCAACCCGCAGUCAUCGCCGAUAUCUUCUUCCUCCACGAUCGGGGAACAUGGAAUGCGCUAUACUGGGUUGUCUACAUGGGGUCACUGAUGAUCGCACCAAUCAUCGCUGGUCCCAUGGCAGACCGCACUGGAUGGAAGAACUUCUGGUGGCUCAACGUUGCUGUUACUGCACUGUCAAUCAUACUUGGAAUAUUUGGCUUUCCUGAGACGAAGUGGACGCGAAUCGACUCCAUCGAAGCUCAGGGUGGCGUCAAUGGGAUCGAUCAUUCAACUCGGGACAAGCCGUCGCACUAUCAGGCCGAUGCUGAGAAGGCUGUCGGGACACCUCAAGCUCAAGGUGAAUUCGCCACGGACGCGCAUUUGAAUAGAGGAACACCAUCAAAGUUACAGUGGCAACUCUUCCAACCCAACUCAGCACCUCUCAAAAGCAUGAUUCUCGAUAUUUGGACCCCGUGGAAACUCUUCAUCUUUCAAUCGUACUCUUUGCUUCCUUCGUGGUCAGCUGGAGUUGCAGUAACUUCCUAA